AUAAGAAUAUGGAAAUGUACAAUAAAGUAUGAAAAACAAAUAAAGAAAUAUAUAAGAAUGCCUUAAAAUAUUUAUGGAUGUUAUUAGGUGUCUAAGUUAAAGUGUAAAGUUGUUCAGGGAUGUGCAAAUGAUUGUCCUGGGGAUGUAGGUUUUGGUCCUGAUUUAUUGUCCAGGGUGGGAGGGGUCAGCCACAAUCUCACAUGCCUGCCUCAGGGUCAUAAGUAAUGCCCUGGAAGCUGAAGAACUACACACUGUUGACUGGAGAGUCACAUGGUGUGAUAGGGGAUGGUGGGGCUGCUCUUUGCCUUGGCCUCUUGGCUCUGUAAGCGAACUGCAGGAGUGGGUUGGUGAGGAUUUCGAGUUGGCACAUGACAAAGUGCUCAAAAGACUUAUUAACCAAGGUCAGGGUGACGCGUCUGAUGUCGUGAAGUCCUGUGUUUCUUGUUUUUUUGGGGACAGGGUAGGCUGGAGGUCUUAACCAGGCUGGUAUGUGGCAUGUUUCCAGUGAGGUGUACACUGGCUGGACGGAGAGACUGAGUCUGAGUCUGGGCCGGCUGUUAAUAUUAUAAUAAGUUAAUAUUUAACUAAACAGACCAUCCUCUCUUUCACAUUGUGUGCCCUACACUCUCUGUCUGUUUAUGCAUUUCUUCUGUGUCUGUUUGUCUGAGGUUGAGUGAAAGCAGAUUAGGAAUAGUUGACUGCAGACAGAGGGGACAGAAAUACCAAUACAAAAAAGAAGAAAUAAGUUGAGCAAAAAGAAAAGUUAGGAUACAGGAACCUGAGAAAUCCUAUAGGAGAAGAGGACUGAUUCUUGUGCGCUCAUGGCUGGAGUAUGGCGUUGCAUGCUGCCAGUGGUGGUGUUGAUGUGUGCUUGUCUGUGGGGUUCCACUGAGGCAGUAGGGGGGGCUAGGAGUCGACCGCGACCCCAAAGACCACCUCCCAAGAAGCCGAAGGUCGACCCAAUUGACUUGACCCCACCUGCACAGAACAUAAACAUACAGCAGAUCACAGGAACAUGGUUCCUGCUAAUCACUGCCUCCAAAUGCUCCUACCUGAUAAAUCAUGGAACCCAGGUGGAGCCCACAGUCAUGACGCUCACGCAUUCCUCUGACCAAACACUAUCUGUUAGCACCAAAACACGGCGUAAUCACCAGUGUUGGGAGAUAUUACAGGUCUACGAUGUAACACCAACCCCGGGCAAGCUGACACUUAAAGGAGGUCGUCCUGAGCUGGACACCAAGAUAGUGAUUGGAGAGACGGACUACAACUCCUAUGCGAUCAUGCACUACCAGAAACGGGGCAAGAUCACCAUGAAGCUCUAUGGCCGGUCUGUAGACAAUCUGUCCGAGCCAAUGUUGACCAAGUUUGAGCAGCUUGCUGAAAAACAGGGUUUUGGACUGGCAUACCUCUUCCCUUUCCCCACCUACAGUCACUGUGGUGUUGUGGACCAGAACCAUGUAAUCAACUGUGUCCCCACAUGCUGAGGAGGCAGAGCUGUGCAACGGUGACAUUCCAGCCCUGCAGUGUUCCAAAGUUCACAUGCGAAUAUCUCAGGAUUGUAUCAUUUAAAAAUGUGAAUGUCAGCAAAAGGGCAUUGAUGAAAGACUGCACUGAGGUCUUGAAAACUUGAACUGUUACCAGUUACAGCUGAAUAAAACAAAAUGGAGCAUAA